AUGGUCGCCCCCUCCCUCUCACGCAGGCGGGCCGCGGCGGGUCACAUGGUGCGGGGGGAGGGAGCGCGGCCUGUGGGACCCGGAUCCGCCGCCAUGCCGCUGCCUGUACCCGGCUGCCCUCGGCUCGGCCAGGCCCUGGCCCUGCUCCUGCUGCUCCUGGGCCCGGCGCGGCCCAUCUCCUUCCAGCUGCCGGGCAAGGCCCGCAAGUGCCUGCGCGAGGAGAUCCACCGCGACACGCUGGUCACCGGCGAGUACGAGAUCGGGGUCCCGCCGGGGGCGGCCAGCGGCCCGUCCGCCAAUCUCAAGAUAACUGACUCAGCUGGACACAUCCUCUACUCCAAGGAGGAUGCCACUAAGGGCAAGUUCGCCUUCACCACUGAAGACUAUGAUAUGUUCGAGGCUUGCUUCGAGAGCAAGCUCCCUGUGGGAACUGGGCGGAUGCCGGACCAGCUCGUGAUCCUGGACAUGAAGCAUGGAGUGGAAGCAAAGAACUAUGAGGAGAUUGCUAAAGUGGAGAAGUUGAAGCCCCUGGAAGUGGAACUGCGGCGCCUGGAGGACCUCUCUGAGUCCAUUGUCAAUGACUUUGCUUACAUGAAGAAGCGAGAGGAGGAGAUGCGGGACACCAAUGAGUCGACCAACAUCCGGGUCCUGUACUUCAGCAUCUUCUCCAUGUUCUGUCUCAUCGGACUGGCCACCUGGCAGGUCUUCUAUCUGCGUCGCUUCUUCAAGGCCAAGAAGCUGAUUGAGUAAAGGGGUAAUUCCCCUUCCCCUCCUCUCAAACCCAGCUGGACACCGCUGGGACCCAGCCAUGGCCCUCCAGAGCCAUCUUGCAGAUGAUACAUGCUGAGUGGAGGUUUUCUUCAGGAACUGUCCCUUAAGAGGGGAGGGGAGUAUAAGCACUGGAGACUACAAAGGGGCUUCUGACCUCCUGGUGGGGGCGGGGGAGGUUGUGGUGGGUUUGGGGACUCCUAAGGCAGUGAUGAAAUAAAAUUUGUUUCUGUGACA